AUGUUUAAGAAACAUGCUAUAGGUAGAAGGAUCACGGAUGGCCAAAUAACGUCAUCCGAGCAAGAUUUAUCAUAUCCUCCAGGGUUUGAACCAGGGGCAUCACAUCCUGCGGGGUUUACUUCUGAUCCCCAACACCUACCAAGGUUUACACCAGAAUCUGGUCCUCCUCCUGGUUUCACACCUGUACACACCUCUGCUCACCCUUCGAUAAAGUUCAAGGUUCCCGAGUUUGAAAAAUACAAUGGAACCACUUGUCCUUCAUCUCAUAUAACCAUGUUUUGCCGGAGGAUGGCUGGCCAUGUGAACGAUGAAAAACUGUUGAUUCACUGUUUUCAAGACAGUUUGACAGGUUUUGCCGCUAAGUGGUAUAACCAAUUAACUAGGGCUCAUAUCAAAUCAUGGAAGGACUUGGCAAAAGCAUUCCUAGAACAGUAUCGCCAUGUUACAGAUAUAAUUCCUGAUCGGUGGACUCUUCAAAAUAUGGAAAAAAGAAGCAAUGAAACUUUCCGACAAUAUGCUCAAAGGUGGCAUGAUGUUGUUGCACAGGUCCAACCCCCUUUACUCGAAAAGGAGGCUACUGUAAUUUUUGUCAAUACUUUGAGAGCUCCGUAUUUGGGGCAUUUGCUUGGAAAUGCCACCAAAAAUUUUGCUGAUUUGAUCAUCUCUGGUGAGCUCAUCGAAAAUGCUAUAAGAAGUGGCAAGAUUGAAGUAGUUGAAGGGUCUAGCUCCAAAUUCUUGAAGUUUUUAAAACAUAGUGAGUAUAAUGUAGUUGAACAGCUACACAAGCAACAAGCACGGAUUUCGAUUCUGGAUUUGUUAAUAAAUUCAGAAGUACAUCGGAAUGCUUUGUUAAAAGUGCUCAAUCAAACAUUUGUGCCUGAGGAUAUAUCAGUGAACAAGUUGGAUCGAAUUGUAGGGCACAUAGCUGCUGACAACUACAUAACUUUCACUGAUGAUGAAAUUCCUGAUGGUGGAAUGGGAUCAGUAAAAGCCCUCAAUAUCACAACUCAUUGUCAUGGUCAUGUCUUGUCAGGCGUUUUGAUUGACAAUGGGUCUGCACUUAAUGUUAUGCCUAUGGCCACAUUACGGAGGUUACCGGUGGACAGCUCACAUAUGAGGGCCUACCAAAACAUUGUUAGAGCUUUUGAUGGAACCCAGCGGGAUGUGCUUGGAAAGAUAGAGAUACCACUGUUGAUUGGACCAACUGUCUACAAUAUUGAUUUUGUGGUGAUGGACAUCAAUCCCUCAUAUAAUUGUUUGCUUGGGAGGCCAUGGAUUCAUUCUGCAGGGGCAGUCCCUUCGUCCUUGCACCAAAAAUUAAAAUUCGUGACAAAUGGCCAGUUGAUUAGUAUUGGGGCAGAGGAAGAGAUUGAUGUUCCUAACGAACUAUUAAGACUGGUAGAAAAGGAGGACAAACAGAUCUUACCUCACCAGGAAGAAACUGAGGUUAUAAACUUGGGAACUGAUGAUGACAAGAGAGACGUUAAAAUCGGCAGCACACUUUCUGUCGAGAUAAGGCAAGAAUUGAUAGAUCUGCUCCGAGAAUUCAAGGAUAUCUUUGCAUGGUCUUAUCAAGAUAUGCCAGGACUGAGUACAGACAUAGUGGUGCACAAGCUUCCGAUAAAGCCUGAGUGUAAGCCAGUUCAGCAAAAGCUCAGAAGAAUGAAGCCAGAAAUGUUAUUGAAAAUUAAAGAGGAAGUGAUGAAACAGAUUGAUGCAGGGUUUCUUCAAGCAGCAAAGUAUCCAGAAUGGGUUGCCAACAUAGUCCCUGUGCCAAAGAAAAAUGGUAAAGUUCGCAUGUGUGUGGAUUACAGAGAUCUUAAUAAAGCAAGCCCGAAGGACAAUUUUCCAUUGCCUCAUAUAGAUACUUUAGUGGAUAACACUGCUGGUCAUUCGUGGUUUUCUUUUAUGGAUGGCUUCUCGGGGUAUAACCAAAUAAAAAUGAACAUUGAAGACAUGGAAAAAACCACAUUUGUGACUAUGUGGGGCAUAUUUUGCUAUAAAGUGAUGCCAUUUGGUUUGAAAAAUGCUGGGGCAACUUACCAAAGAGCUAUGGUGACUCUUUUCCAUGACAUGAUGCACAAAGAAAUUGAAGUGUAUGUGGAUGACAUGAUUGCCAAGUCCAGGACUGAAGGUGAACACAUUCAAAACUUGAGGAAGCUUUUCCAAAGGUUGAGGAAAUAUCAAUUGAAACUCAAUCCAACUAAAUGCACAUUCGGGGUAACGUCAGGGAAACUCUUGGGUUUCGUGGUUAGUAAAAAAGGAAUUGAGAUUGAUCCAGAUAAAGUAAAGGCCAUUCAAGAUCUUCCGCCGCCUCGUACACAGAAAGAAGUUCGAGGAUUCUUAGGAAGGUUAAAUUAUAUAUCUCGAUUCAUUUCACAAUUAACUGAAAAAUGUGACCUAGUUUUCAAAUUGCUUCGAAAGAACAACCCCGAAGUUUGGAACAACGAGUGCCAAAAGGCUUUGGAGAUAAUCAAAGGAUAUUUGUCUAAUACUCCAAUUCUGGUAUCACCAGUCCCUGGUAAACCAUUGAUCCUUUAUCUAACGGUAUUUGAAAAUUCAAUGGGAUGUGUAUUGGGGCAACAUGACGAAUCUGGAAAAGAGAGAGCUAUCUAUUAUCUAAGCAAAAAGUUCACUGAUUGUGAGAGUCGAUACCCGCCAAUUCAAAAGCUAUGUUGUGCGUUGGUAUGGACUACUCGAAGGCUCAGACAAUACAUGUUAUACCAUACUACUUGGUUGAUAUCUAAGCUUGACCCUUUGAAAUUUUUAAUGGAAUCACCAGCUUUAGCUGGUAGAUUGGCUAGAUGGCAGAUGUUGUUAUCAGAAUUUGACAUUGUAUAUGUGAACCAAAAAGCAAUCAAAGGGAGUGCCAUAGCAGAUUUCCUUGCAAGUCGUGCCUCAAAUGAUUAUGAGUCCUUAAAUUUUAAUUUUCCAGACGAGGAUCUGAUGUGCAUCACAACCAAGGAGGAAACAAAUUCAGAUGAUAAAUCUUGGAGGUUGUAUUUUGAUGGAGCAUCUAAUGCUUUAGGACAAGGAAUUGGAGCAGUACUGAUUUCCCCAGAAAAUGUCUAUUAUCCUUUUACAAGCAGAUUGGAGUUCUUUUGCACCAAUAAUAUGGCAGAGUAUGAGGCUUGUGUCAUGGGGUUAAGAGCAGCUAUAGAAAGAAAAAUCAAAGUGCUCCAAGUAUAUGGAGACUCCUCACUAGUGGUGUAUCAAUUGCGAGGAGAAUGGGAGACGAAGGAUCUAAAUUUAGUGGAAUACCGAAGAUUGAUCCUUGAAUUGGUAAAAGAAUUUGAAGAUGUCACUUUCAAUUACCUCCCUCGAGAAGAUAAUCAAAUGGCUGAUGCUUUGGCCACACUUGCUGCCAAAUAUGGCCCAAUUAUAAGAUACAACCCAGUUCAAGCCCAAGAACCGGAUCCACUCAGUAAUCCAUCAGCAGCAGACCAACUCCCAGACAUGAGCUGA